UUCAGAUUCCAAAAUUGAAGAUGUCAAAACGAUUUCAGUUUCCCAAUGGACUUACCUUUUGGCAAUGAACUACCAGAGCUUGACGUACUUAUAGUGGGCGCUGGUCUGUCUGGGCUAACCUCCGCAGUCAAAAUUCUAAACAAAGUAGAUACGUUAAAUGUGAAAAUUAUUGAAGAGGGCUCGAUGCCCGGCGGCCAGCUUAGCUCUGAGGGACAUCGCUUUGUGCAACAGGACCAAUCGGAGCUGAUAGCUUUCUUGACACAACUGAACGUGGAAGUCGAUGAGCGUAAAGAGUCCGACCAAAAUGAAUCGUUGAACCGCUGUUGGGAACUGGACCGUGGUCUAACAUCGACUCUAGCCAAAUUUGAGCUCUGGCGUUAUAUCCAUAUGCUCGAUCUGCGCAUGAAUAAGUUCGACUCUCGUUAUAAGUAUCGCAACCGAAUCCCAACAAUGGAGCGUCAUAUAUGUCAGAAUCUUUUCUUCAGUCUGUCUCGGAAGUUUAUGUACAAUCUGGUUACAUUGGCCUCCGGAGUGUCGGCCAAGGACAUUAAGUACGAUGAGUUUAUGUGUCUGUGUAGCACGUCGGGUGGACUGAGUGUGCUAGUUGAUCUCUAUCUCACCAUGCCGAAAUCCCUGUUGAGCUUGUCCUGUAGGUCUCUGCUACGAGCGUUACUCGAAAAGCUGAGGCACAAUGAGAUCCAGUACGAUGCGAGGGCCAUUAAGGUGCAACAUUUCAAGAACUAUGUGCUGGUCACCGACUCAACUGGCGAGAGGCACAUCGCACAAGCCGUUAUACUGGCCAUACCCUGGAACAAGGUGGAAUCCUUGGAGUUCGAGCCGCAACUGCCCAGACACUACCGCACAAUCGGGCGGGGCAAAGCUAAGCGGCAAAUGGAUCAGUUAACUCAAUUCUUUUUGCGCUACGAUCAUUCGUAUUGGAUAACCCAAGGCUACUCGGGUCUCUUCUUGAACGUUGAUCCAUUUGUGGUGGGCUACGAGAGCGAUUCGUCGCAGUACUCCGGCUACAUGCUGCACACGGAGGAGCAGGCCGGCGCCGUGCGAGAGACUGUGCUGGAUGUGCUGGCAGAGCAGUUUGGCGAGGAAAUGCUCGAUCCCAGGAACUACAAACAGUUCACUUGCGAGCUAAGCUCCACGCUGCAUAAGCCCCAGGUCAAGCCCUGGAAUCGAGUCAUCUGGUCCAGUUCAGCGUCGGCGGCCAACAGCAAUCGCAAUCUGAUGGCUGGUGCAGUGGAGAGUGGUUUGAGGGCGGCCAUAAACGCACUGUUCGUGAUACGGCCCCAAGUGGUUGGAUGGCAGGACUUGAGCGAUGUUCACGAGAGGAAUCGCUAUGCCGGUGUCAGCACUAGCUACAUUUCGGGGCUGCUCAGUCGUCUCAAUCUGUACAACAUUGCCUACUAUAGCGUCUUUGUGGUUGGUCUUCUCUGUGUGCUCAGCUAUAGUUAUAACCAAUCUGUCUAAACAAAGCCCAUCCAUAACUAUAUAAUA